GUGACGUAACCAUUGAGAGCCAAUCAGCGCGACUUCAGCGUUGCAGCGUCACCAUUGACCUCGCACAGCCAUGGCGCUGCUCUGCAGAUCAACAGGGUUACUUCUCAAACACAGUAAACUGCUACCUUCUGCAUUCGCAGCAACAAGACAAUGCAGUUCAGGUGGCCAGUAUCAGUAUAUACUAGUUGACAAAAAGGGUGAAAAGAAGAAUGUUGGCUUCAUCCAGCUGAACAGACCAAAGGCCCUGAAUGCUCUUUGUGAUGGGCUUAUGCUGGAGGUGGGCAGAGCCCUAGAUGCAUUUGAGGCUGACAGCGAAGUGGGAGCAAUUGUCGUCACAGGAAGUGAAAAAGCCUUUGCAGCUGGAGCUGAUAUUAAAGAGAUGCAGAAUCGAACCUUUCAAGAGUGCUAUGGUGGAAACUUCUUGGCACAUUGGAAUAGGGUAUCAACGGUCAAAAAGCCUGUUAUUGCUGCUGUCAAUGGGUUUGCGCUUGGUGGAGGAUGUGAGUUUGCCAUGAUGUGUGACAUAAUCUAUGCUGGGGAGAAAGCACAGUUUGGACAGCCAGAAAUCCUGCUUGGGACCAUUCCUGGUGCUGGUGGCACUCAGAGGCUAACAAGAGCAGUGGGAAAAUCCCUCGCAAUGGAGAUGGUUCUCACAGGAGACAGAAUCUCAGCUCAGGAGGCAAAGCAGUCUGGUCUGGUAAGUAAAGUGUUUCCUGUGGAUCAGCUGGUUUCAGAAGCGGUCAGAUGUGGAGAGAAAAUAUCUGGCAAUUCCAAACUUGUCUCUGCAAUGGCAAAGGAAGCUGUUAACGCAGCAUUUGAACUGACUUUAGCUGAGGGCAGUCGACUUGAGAAAAGAUUGUUCCAUGCAACCUUUGCAACGGAGGACAGAAAGGAGGGCAUGACCGCUUUUGUAGAGAAGCGAAAGGCUGCUUUCCAGGACAAUUAAAAUUCCAGUGGAAAAUACUGAGGUGUUUAGUUUGUGAUCAAAUGCUGUUAUUAUAGUGCUCUACUUUGCCUUAAUUUUUUUUAUCAAGUGUUUCUGAAAACAUCAAGAUCGAUACCUUUGGGUUGACAGACCUGCAUGUAGUUCAAUGAGCUCACAUUUAGCUUAGUUUAUAAAUUACCCAUUUCUAAUCAAUCUCUGGGUAUUGUUGAUGGUCUGGUAUUAUCACCUUGAUCUAUUGACCUUCUUUAUUGAUACACUAUAAAUAGAGGCAUCCAGUACAGUAACUCAUUCUUGCUUUGUGCUAAUUUACACUUUAACAGUUAAGAGAGAGAAAAUGGCAUUGCCAUAACCUUCCUAAACUGUUUUGUAAUUACUGUACAACACUGUUGAAAGUUUUGCAGAACCCCUCUGAUUUGACUUUGUAUGUUAAUAUGGCUCUUAAUUUACUGAAAUUCAUUGUGGAAGACGUGAGACCUCGCAAUUUCACUUUGUACACUCUAGAUGGUGCUGUGGGUGUAUUUUCAGUUUUUCCUUCAUGUUAUCAUUCAGGUAAUAAAGUCGCUGUAGUAUUA